AUGUCACAAGAUUUGCAAUAGCCUUUACAUACUAAUGAGCAAGAUCCUUAAAUUAUCUAAAACUAGUAUUAAGAGUAGCCUUAUUAGUAGUAGUAGCAUUAAUAAUAAAUGCCUUAUUAAUAGCCUCCUCCUUAUUAAUAGCAGCCUCCUUACUAAUAGCAACCUCCUUACUAAUAGCAACCUCCUUACUAAUAGCAACCUCCAUACUAAUAGUAACACUAUCAAUAAUAACAAAAUUAUCCCCAAAUGUUAGGCAGUCAAGAUAGAUAAAGUAUUCCUAGUGAAUUUAAAUAGAGUUAAUAACAUUCUGAUGAACCUCAUAAUCCUCCUUAUCAAGGUGAAUCUGUUUCAUAAAUUAAAGAUAUGGACUAAUGGGCUAGAAUCAUUCCUUGCUUUCUUCUUGGUCUUUCAACAACAAUCAUUGCAUCAGUCUUUUUAGUGAACUGCAAAUAAACAUCACCUGUUGUCUAUGUUUCUUCUGCUGUAGCUUUAAUGAUAGUUCCUCUUGUAAUUUACAAAUUUGAUGUUUCCUCUAAGUUUAUGAAUUUCAUAGGAUCUUUGAUAUCAAUGUACUUUAUGAUUGUUUUAGCUGUUUAUGUUGACAAUCAAAAAAAUGUAGUCAUUGAUGACGAUUAAUUUUACAAUUCUUUUUGCAUAAAAGAAGGUAGCACUACAGUUUAAUCAGGAGUUAGUUAUGGUUUGAUUAAUUUGUUAGGACUUAGCAUGUGUCUUUUACACACAGUUAACAUGACAUAUUAUUUCUGCCAGACUUGGAGCUUGUCAAAGCACCCUCUUAAAUAAAAGCUUGAAGACUACACUAUAGAGCUAAUUUGA